AUGGCCAAGGACGCAACACUGUCGCCCACCUCCAGGAAUACGGACUCAUCAUUCGGAAGCGCCUCGCCCAUCUUGGCCAAACAUAACAAUGACCCGUACUGGCCCACAAUUGCAACAAAGGAUGAAAUUCCCGGCUGGCUGAAAGAUAAUGACUAUAUAAUCGGAGGACAUCCAAUGCCGACCUAUUCCUACAAACGCUCUUUUCGACUUUGGCGCUGUCUGCACAUGGAGACGAUGAACAUCUGGACCCACCUCAUUGGCAGUGGAGCUUUCGUAGCAGCUGGUAUCAUUUUAUACAACCAUGCAGUCUCCAGAUCCCUCUAUCUCAGCGUUGGGGACAAGUUUGCCUUCGGAAUCCAAAUGACCGCGGGAGCCAUUUGUUUCGCACUGAGCACCAUUUUUCAUACUCUACGAAGCCACUCUUACAACGUUCAUCACUUCUGGGGAAGACUGGACAUCUUUGGAAUCUGCUUGCUCGCACUCGGAGGAGGAUCAUCGGCAACAUAUUACGCUUUCUUCUGUUACCCUAAGGUCCAACGCAUAUACUGGGCGCUCAAUGGGUGUGCGGCACUCGGUGCGGCAGUUACCCUGUUUGACACUGGAGGAGGAGGGAAUAAGAUGCGAGCACUACGAGGCGGCGUCUUCGUCCUGCUUGCGAUUACGGCCAUGCUUCCGAUAUUCCAUUCCAUAGGAAAGCUGGGUUGGGCUCGGGCUUGUGAGCAAAUCGGCGCACAUUGGUACUUCUCCGAGGCAUUAGUGUUGUGCACUGGAGUUUCGAUGUUCGUAUCGAGAAUUCCUGAAAGGCUCAGCCCCGGUACUUUCGACGUGUGGGGUCACUCGCACCAGCUGCAUCAUAUAUGCGCCGUGAUAGGAACUGCCCUCCAUGUCGUUGCGCUGGCAACAAGCUAUAGAUAUCGGCAUCACCAUCCACGAUGUUAA